CUCCAUUGAUUCCGAGUUGAAAUCAGUGAGUGUUUGGGGAUUUUAUAAGUUAUCUUCUCUCUGUUCUUCAUCAUCUGAUGAACUCCACUGAUUCUGAGUGGAAAUCGGUGAGUGUUCGAGGAUUUUACAAGUUAUCUUCUCUCUGUUUUUCUUCAUCUGAUGAACUCCAUUGUUUUUCUGCAAUUAUGCUCUCAUUAAUCUGCUGAAACUUACAAGCUCUUCAAAUUUUGAAUCGAAAUCUGCUCAAAAUCGUCUUCGAAUUUAUUUCAUCUAAAUAAACUCGUUGAUCAAUGGCUGGAAUGUUGCCUGGAGUUGAAUGCGCGAGACGGCGGCGGUUCCACCAGAGCAUAACGUCAUCGGAAUCGGCGUCCACGGCGGCGAAAUUAGGAUCCACAAGAAGGUCCUCCUUCUGUUUGUAUACAAGCAACCGUGAUUUUCACCUCACUUCAUCUUCUUCACAGCAACGGUGCUCUUCGAAUCACGCUUACCAGAACGAGAAGCUUGGGCAAGCUGCAAGGGAAGCUAAGGAACGGUUGGAUGAGAGGUUGAGAACGCACAGAAAACCUGAGAAUUCAAGGACGAAGAGUAGUAGUGAAGAAGUAAGGUUGAAGAAAGAGAAUGUGAAGGGAAAGGAAGAAACAACAACCAAGAAGAGGUUCAGUUGGGGGAAGCUAAUGAAAUGGAAAGCCUCCGAACAAGAAGAGUGCACUGUUUGUCUCGAAAGGUUCAGAGCGGCCGAGCCACUGGUCCAUCUUCCAUGCGCCCACAAGUUCCACUCCAUGUGCUUGGUCCCUUGGCUCCAAGCUAAUGCCCAUUGCCCUUGUUGUAGGUACCCUAUUCUCGCUCAAUAACAAACGAGAAAGUAUUGGAAUAAAAUCAGUUUGGUCUGAUUCAGAUGAUUCAGCUUUCCACAAUUUAAUUCAUUUUAUAAUCCAAAAUACAAAUUGGAGAUCUUUAAAUAUCACUAUUACACCAC